AUGGCUGAGAAAACCGCACGCCAUGCAGCCGACGCCGCUGCAACUUCUGCUGCAAGGGAGUCGGAAAGUUCCUCUCAAAAGCGCCCAAGGCGGCAACGCGAUGCAAUUUCAACUUCCGCUGCUAGAGCUGUAGAAGGACCUACUGAAAGGCUUGAAAGGUUGCAGACUGUUAACCAGCGCCGCCAUGCAGAGCGAGGGCUCUGUAGCCCACCAAAACAGUUUUGGUUUAAGCUGGCGUUCAAAUAUGAACCAAUUUUGAGGCUUUCCGGUCGCAAAGACCUCCAAAUAGGAUCUAUGUCAGUUGUCUGUGGGCAUUGCAAUGCCAGAAAAUUGCCUGGAGAGUCUGCAGGUUUGUGUUGUUCAAACGGUAAGGUACAGUUGCGACCUUUUCAAGAGCUACCUGCUCCGUUGAAAACUCUGUUGGAUGGUUCCAGUCCAGACUGCAAACAUUUCCUCGCAAAAAUCAGACAGUACAAUUGUGCCUUCCAGAUGACCUCUUUUGGUGGUAAUACCUUCCGCGAAGUCGGUUGGAAUCCCACCUUCAAGGUUCAAGGUCAGGUUUAUCACCGGAUUGUGUCUCAUUUGCCGGAAACUGCCACUGAUUCGGCCUUUCUACAAAUAUACUUCAUAGCUGACUACAAUCAACAGGCAGAUGCCCGCAUGUGCAUUAUUCCCGAGAAGGAUACAGGCCAGGUCAAUCAUCCUCGCAGCGAUAACAUAAUGAGUCUCCAACAAAUGCUCCACGAGACAAACAGCUAUGUCCGCAGUUUUAAGUAUGCUCUCGAAAUUAACACUUCUUCUGAUUUCAUUAUUGUAAUUGAUGCUGACAAACGGGCUCAGGGAGAGCACGAACGUCGUUACAUUGCUCCCGCAAGUAACAAAGUUUCCAUCAUUGUCAGCGGUGAUCAGCACAACAGACGUGACAUUGUUACCGAAUCGCGGGGCAGUGGGCUCCGAAGAAUCAAUGAAACGCACCGGUCCAACGAUGCACUGCAAUACCCACUUCUCUUCCCUUACGGAGAAGAUGGUGUUAACCACCUACACAUUCACUAUCUAUCUAUCUAUCUAUCUGUUGGUCUGUUCAAACAUGCGUGUCUGAAUGUAUGUGCGUGGCUCUGGUUAUUAGAUAUCUCCUCCGAAGUGAAUGUAGGUCAAUAA